AUGGCCCCUUCAAAAUGGAUUGCCGCCGUUUUUACCGGUUGCAUUUCUGGACUUGCGAUCGCAGUCCCCACCAGCACAUCGGAGUUCGUGAAGCGUGCAAGCGUUGAUGAUUCCGCGACUGGUUAUGCCAGCCAAAACGGAGGCACAACAGGAGGUGCUGGCGGCACUACGACUACCGUGUCUUCAUAUACAGCUUUUACUAAUGCAGUAUCGGGAGACAACGCCAAAGUAGUCGUUGUCAGCGGAAGAAUUACUAAGACUGCUGAUCAAGCUCGCGUGGGCAGUAACACCAGUAUCAUUGGCAAGAACUCCAAUGCAAUUUUGGAAAGCUUCGGAAUCCUUGUUGAGGUGGCCUCCAACGUUAUCAUUCGCAACUUGGGCGUGGAGAAGGUGCUUGCAGAAAAUGGGGAUGCAAUUGGCAUUCAGUAUUCGAAUAAUGUCUGGGUGGACCAUUGUGAUGUGUCGUCCGACAGAGAUCAUGAUAAAGAUUAUUAUGAUGGCCUUAUCGACAUCAGACAUGCUUCCGACUAUGUCACUGUGUCAAAUACAUUCAUUCACGACCAUUGGAAAGCAUCCCUUAUUGGACAUUCGGACAGCAACGGCGAUGAAGACACUGGCUAUCUUCAUGUGACUCAAAACAACAACUAUUGGUACAACGUCAAUUCUCGGGCGCCUUCUUUCCGUUUCGGUACUGGGCACAUCUAUAACAGUUAUUUCGACACCGUUAGCGACGGUAUCAAUACUCGAGAUGGUGCCCAGCUUCUUGUUGAGUCGAACACAUUCGUGGACUCUAAGAAGUCUCUCUAUUCUACCAAUGAUGGCUUUGCCGUCUCAAGUGACAAUGACUUUGGUGACGGUGAGAAUGCCGCUGAGACGGGAAAUUUGACCAAUGUGCCUUAUUCCUACACUCUGUUGGGAUCUGAAAAUGUAAAGAGUGGUGUUGUCGGAACCGCGGGUCAGACCCUCAGUUUCUAG